AUGCUGCGUCCAUUACGGUCACUAGCACGGUCUCGACAACCUGGCUUGAUAGUCGAUACGGAGAGAACCAUGCUUCGACGCUCCCUUCGAACUCGGCCGAAUCUUACUCUUCGACGUGGUCUUCCUGCUGUUUUCCGUCGGUCCAUCAGUAUACAAGCCCCCGGCUUUCCAUCGCCUGAAGAAAGAACUGGCCCUCAUAACCACGAACUAUCAUACCCUCCGGCAAUUGUGCGGACAAGCGCAGCAGCGGCAACUUCACCUACCUCAGAUACUUCUCAAGAAUCAUCAACUUCAUCAACGACUCGACUAGCCAAUGCUACAUCUCUGCCCGCCCCUCCAGAAGCUAGCUCGGGAUUCACUGCACGACAUCUGCAUCAUCCCUUUGACACUCAUGCGUUUGUUAGCUAUCUUGAGAAGAAUGAAAUAACUCGUGGGAGCGCAAGAGCACUAAUGGAGGCUGUGAGAGAAAUGAUCAUAAAAAGGGGUACGCAGACAGGUCAGAACAUGGUUGGAAAGGAAGAUGCAGAAAAUGCGGCAUACCUGUUCAAUGCAGCUUUGUCUGAAUUGCGCACGGAAUUGAGUGUUCAAGCAAGGAACGAUGGUUUAGCACUGAAGGCUGCAGCUGGAGCAAUCAGAAGAGAGGUCGAAGGGCUAGAGCAGAAAAUAAAGGAGGAUGUGCAGGUGCUGAAGCAUGACAUCGAGAUGGACAUGAACAAUCGUAAAGCUGAGACAAGGACAGAAAUGAAAGGUUUCGACAUAUACAUCGAGGAAAUCAAUAACAAAUUCACUAUAUCGCUCGGUGAUUUGCGAACCGAGAUUGAGAGUGUCAAGUGGGAUGCUACUAGACGGGCUAUCUCGAUGAUCAUACUGAUCGUCGUUGCCACGAUCGCCAUAUCCACCUUCCUCGCCAGUGACUCUGAGCCUAAAAUCUCUGCGGCUAAGAGUAAAGCAGUUCCACCCGUUCCAAUGAAGGAUAUGGCAGUCGGCACAGAUGAUGACACUAUCGAAGAGGAAUUGAAGACGUACACAGAGGAAAGAUUGGACAAAUUGCUUUCAGACUCGGGUGUGGCAAAGUUGGAACGAAGAAGAUCAAAAUCUCGAGAAGGCGGAAAGGAAUUCACGAAAGAUAUGCGUGUCGAUCGCAUAUGA